AUGUCUGGGCGAAAGGGCGAACGAGAAAUAUUACCUCAGAGUGUAGUUGAGCCGACACGAUGUUUUACAAAGAAGUCAGGCGAUGAUGGGAUCCCUAAGUUGGCCGUGAACGACGACCCCAGAGAAAUAUACCUUGAGCUACAGGGCUUAGGAGACUUUACGUUCAGCAAUAUUGGCGCAUUCUCUUUAUUUCCCCCCAGCACACCAUGUAUCCCUGCGUCUCCUACUCUAGUUAGCAAUCCAUCCAUUCCGGCGUAUUCUAUGCGUAUGGUACCGACUUCCAUUUCAUCUUGCGACCACAACUCAAGCGUCUCUGAUGCGGAUGGCAAGACGGAAACUCGCUCGCUGAAUAGGACUCACUUUAGCGCGAUCAAGGCUCUCGGAGCAGGUGGACAAGGCGUAGUCCUUCUUGUUCAGGACGAAUUCACGGGCUCUCAACAUGCGUUGAAAGUCAUCAGAAAGGCUCGUCUACGGCCUGUGUCUCUUGCUAGAAUAUACGAAGAGCAGUACAUUUUGCGGCACCUUGCUCUUGCAGAUGAUACAUGGUUCACACGUCUGGAGGGCUCAUUUCAUGAUAGUGAGAGCUUCUUCCUGCUUACGGAGUAUGCCCCCCGAGGCGACCUCUUCACCGAGAUUUCGCGGUACAAGAUAUUUCCGCAACAUCGAGCUUUGCAGUACAGCGCCGAGAUCAUCCAUAUCCUCUCCGUUCUGCACGAUACGCACCACAUCGUUCACCGUGACAUCAAGCCCGAGAACUUUCUGAUCGACAACCGCGGACACCUUAUUUUGACCGACUUCGGAAUUUCCAGGCUCUUUCGCUUUGGUCAGCAAUCGCGUCCCUGGGAUUCUGGUCAUGAUAUAGGAUACCAAGGCGAGAGGGAUUUCGCAGAAUCAAAACAUUCUUUCAGAGGACAUCAAGAAACGGCCCAUGUUCAGCGCGAUGUAGAACGUCCUUUGGGCAUGGGCCUUCCCGAGAUGACACGGACGAUGUGUGGAACUCCAGGUUUCAUGGCACCGGAGCUGUUCACGGGCACACUGUAUUCGUACCAGGUAGAUGUGUGGGCGGCGGGAGUAACAAUUUAUAAGAUGGUUCUGGGGAAGCUGCCUUUCCAGAUACACCGCCGCUUGAGCACGAAGGAAGCGUACCAUCGGUCAAUCACACUUCCUUUGGAAUUCCAAGCAGACGAUCGCCCAGUUCAUGACGAGAUUAAGGAGCUCUUAAGAAAGAUGCUUGAAAAAGUACCUUCCGAGAGACCCCCAGCUCAAGAGCUAAAGGCCGAUCCAUAUUUUAGCUCGAUCGAUUGGGAGUUGGUGAAAAGCAAGGACCGUGCGGGUCCCGGGAUAGACGCUCGUGAGCGUAAGUAUCAAGGAAAAGACAGGUUAGAAAUGAUUCCUUUCGGCCAGGCCAUUUCUGCGCAAGAAGAUCCGUCGCCCUGGUUUACUUGGACAUCUCCCUCAUUAACGUCCUGGCUCGAUGACAGGAAGCGGGGCGGAGAGCCUUCACCUAUAAUCGGCUUGCGCACCGUGAAACAGCCCUCGGGCAUGACACACAGGCUGCGAACGUGGUGUAGUAUGAGGAAACUAGACGUCUCGCCAUAG